GAGCUACAGGCAGUGCCUUUGGCUCAAAUGUCUGGCAUCUCAGACCCUGUUUUUGUGGUUAAGGACUCUAAAGUGCUGUGGCGAGUGAUCAAGUUUUUCUCAGCGGUAAGAUAACAAUUCCAGUUAUUGUCAUCCCUCAGUCCUGAUCAAACCUAUUUGAUUUCACCAAUUUUCAACCCAUGAUGUGUUUGAGUUUCUUCUCCCUAGUCCCUGGCUCUACCUCUUCUGGCACAAAUGUCAGCAUGACUGUAUCUGCCAGCCUUUUGUCAAGUGAAAGGGCAGAGAUGAACAUCCUAGAAAUCAACCAAGAAUUGCGCUUACAGCUGGCAGAGAGCAAACAGCAGUUCUGAAACCUCAAAGAGAAAUUUCUUAUACCUCAAACUACUACGUACUCCCUGGCCAACCAGCUGAAGAAGUACAAAUAUGAAGAGUGCAAAGACCUGAUAAAAUCUAUGCUGAGGGAUGAACUAAAGUUCAAGGAGGAGAAGCUGGCAGAGGAGCUCAGGCAAGCGGAGGAGCUCAGCUGAGGGGGCCCCGUGGGGGCAGGCAGGCAAUAUAAAGUCUCUGUUCACUCUCAGACCUGAGAGCUGGCCCAGUUACAGGACAUGUUACAGGAAGGGAGAGAUGCCUUCCUCUCACUGAAUCAGCAUCUCAAGGUCUUCCUCACUCCUGAUGAUUCUGACAACUCCUAGGGGCAGGACCUCUGAGACAGGCUGGCAGAGCACCUUGUCCACAAGCUCAGCCCAGAGAAUGAUGAAGGUGAUAGUGAAAAUGAUAAAGAUGAGGAGAUUCAUAAAGUACAAGCAUCACCUGUCCCCAGGGAGGUGCUGAAGGCUGAAGAAAAGGAAGUCCCUGAGGACUCACUGGAGGAAUGUGCCGUCACUUGUUCAAAUAGCCACAGCCCUUCUGACUCCAACCAGCCACACAGGAACACCAAAACCACAUUUGAGGAAGACAAAGUCGACUCUGCACUGGUUAUAGACAGUGAAUCCUCUCAUGAUGAAUGGGAGGAUGCUCUACACAUUUUCCCAGAAAAUCAAAGUGAUCAAGAGGAAGAGGAAGAAGGGCCAGUGUCUCCCAGGAAUCUGCAGGAGUCUGAAGAGGAGGAAGCCCCCCAGGAGUCCUGGGAUGAAGGUUAUUCGACUCUCUCAAUUCCUCCUGACAUGUCUGCCUCGUACCAGUCUUACAAGAGCACCUUUCCCUCAUUAGAGGAACAGCAAGUCGGCUUGGCUCUUGACAUAGGCAGACAUCAGUGUGAUCAAGUGAAAAAGGAGGAUUGAGAGGCAACAUGUCCCAGGCUCAGCAGGGAGCUGCUGGAAGGGGAAGAGCCUGAAGUCUUGCAGUACUCACUGGAUAGAUGUUAUUCGACUCCUUCCAGUUAUCUUGAACUGCUGAACUCCUACCAGCCCUACAGAAGUGCCUUUUACUCAUUGGAGGAACAGCUUGUUGACUUGGCUUUUGAGGUGGACAAAAUUGAAAAGUACCAAGAAAAGGAAGAAGACCAAAACCUACCAUGCCCCAGGCUCAGCAGGGAGCUGUUGGAAGUGCAAGAGCCUAAAGUCUUGCAUGACUCAGUGGAUAGAUGUUAUUCAACUCCUACCAGUUAUCUUGAACUGUCUGAUUCAUGCCAGCCCUACAGAAGUGCCUUUUACUCAUUGGAAAAACAGCAUGUUGGCUUGGUUCUUGGCGGGGACAGAAUUAAAAAGGACCAAGAAGAGGAAGAAGACCGGCCCCCAUGCCCCAGGCUCAGCAGGGAGCUGCUGGAAGGGGAAGAUCCUGAAGUCUUGCAGUGCUCACUGGAUAGAUGUUAUUCGACUCCUUCCAGUUAUCUUGAACUGCCUGACUCAUGCCAGCCCUACAAAAGUACCUUUUACUCAUUGGAGGAACAGCAUGUUGUCUUGGCUCUUUACGUGAUCAGUAGGUUCCUUACUAUGAAGGUGCUAAGGCUCCACCUGGUCUUCCGGAUAGGGGUCAUAUUCCUGCAAGUCUCUGAGCUUCUACACCUGCUCAAGGGCAGUGUCAUCUUUGUGUACAGCUCAUGCAAAGGUGUUACCCUGAGGAAUAGACUUAAUGUGUCUGUCCCUGUCCACUUUGUUGCAGACAUUGAAAAAAAUCAAGAAGAAGAAGAAGACCAAGACCCACCAUGCCCCAGGCUAAGCCCGGAGCUGCCAGAGGUGGAGGAGCAGGGCGCCCCGCAGGACUGUCUGGAUGAAGUUUACUUGACUCCUUCACUUCCCCCUGCUGACUGCCAGCAGCCUUACAGCAGCAUGUGCUCAUUGGAGGAUCAGCUCGCCUGCUCUGCUCUGGAUGUAGCCUCUCCCACCCAGGCAGCCUGUCCUUAUAGGCCUUGGAGUGGAGACUUGAGCCACCACCUGUCAGAAGUGCAGGCUUCACAGGCACAGCUGGAGCCGAGAACCCUGGUGCCCAAUUGUCUGCGACCGCAACUGGAUCAAGGGUUUGACUGUGGCUAUGGCUUAGCCAGGCCGAGCGUUUCCUCCACCACCUGCAGCUUCACAGCCAACGCUGAUCCUGGGAAGCAAUGGCCCUUCCAAGAGCUGGGUUUAGAGCCUUCCCUCGGAAUGAAGAACCCUCCCCAGCUGGAAGGUGAGGCUCUUGAAGACUCAGCUGACAACACACAUGGGUAUCAAGUCAUUGGCCACAUUCAUGCCUCAAGUGUCCUAAAACCAAAGAUGAUCAAAAGAAAACUGCCGUUCAGCAAGUGGAGACUGGCAUGCAGAUUCCCUGGCCUGCAAGCUUAGGCUACGAAGUUCAGAACAACCAAGGAAAUGAGUAACUUGUAGCGGGCGUCAGAAGUUCCGUGGCACAAAAGGAAUAUAGGCAUUCAAGGAACACCAGGAUAGAAGAGCCGGAGUAGGAGAAAGAGCAACAGGGAUGCAGGAAGCCACUGAAUAGCUCGGGUGGAGAGAGGGCGCUCCUGCUCCGCGAGCCUCCCUGCCACCGCAGGCCUCGGGCCACCUUCUUCUAGGAAGACGCACCCUCCUUUCCUCUGGUCUCGGCUAAGGCGCU